GAUGGGAAUGAUUGCGUGUUCUCAGAAAAAAAUGGAGAUGGGAAUGAUUGGUGCCGAAAAAGAGGAAUUGAAUGUUAUAAUUGCAGUGGACGGAAAAGGACAUAGCAUAACCGAGGAAAGUAUACUCGCCUGUGAAUGGACUUGCAAAGAAUUGGUUUCAAAGCUUCUUAAUCCAUCUUUCUCAAUAAAUCUCACAAUUCUUAAUGUGCAAAAGAAGAUAGCUGACAAUGCAUUUACUAAUAGAAAUAUUAAAUCGUGGAAUUUGUAUUACAAAAAACUCUCAGAAAGGGUGUUGGAGGAAGCUCUAAAUAUAUGCAAAAAGAACCUCAAAAUAGAAGCAAAACCCAGUUGUGUAGUAGGAGGAGAAGAAAAUCCACAGAAGAAGAUUUGUGAAGCUGUGCAGCUAUUGGGAGCAGAUCUUUUGAUUAUGGGAGGUCGUAGACAUUGUGCUUUCAGAAGGGCAAUCAUGGGAUGUGUGACUGAAUACUGCUCUCGUAAUGCUGCGUGCCCAGUUUUAGUGAUAACCAAACAAAAAUAUUCCUCUUUAUCAAAUGAAUAUCCAACAUUUGUAUCAGAUGAUACAAAAUCUAUCAAAUGAAUAUCCAACAUUUGUAUCAGAUGAUACAAAAUCUAUCAAAUGAAUAUCCAACAUUUGUAUCAGAUGAUACAAUUGUUUGUUUUGUUGCUGCUCUCAAUUUCACAUGACGUUAAAUUUGUUACAUUUUCAACAAACAAUUAAAUAAAAUGUAAUGGAGGAUAUUUGUUACAUUUUCAACCAAUAAUAAAAUUUAGUGAUUUGGAAUCGAAAA